CUUCCUACCCUGUCGCUGGCCUUUUUUGGCGGCGUUCUUUAACCUUCUACUACUUCUUCUUCUUGUUCUUCCUGUUGCCGCUCAUUCCGGCGACUGGUCCACAACGACAACUGCCACCAGCUGCCCCCCAUCAUCACCUACACCACAACCAACCGCCAGGUCGUCGCCAUGUCCCGGCAGGUGGUGCGGAGCAGCAAGUUCCGACACGUCUUCGGCCAGGCGGCCAAGUCUGAUCACUGCUAUGACGACAUCCGCAUCUCCCAGAUGACAUGGGACAGCAACUUUUGCUCUGUCAACCCUAAGUUCGUGGCCAUGAUCGUGGACGCCAGCGGUGGUGGGGCAUUCAUGGUGCUGCCCCUCAACAAGACCGGUCGUAUCGAUAUGUCCUACCCAACCGUGUGUGGCCACACGGGUCCCGUUCUGGACAUCGAGUUUUGCCCCCACAAUGACAACAUCAUCGCCAGCGGCUCUGAGGACUGCAGUGUCAUGAUUUGGGAGAUCCCGGACUCUGGGCUGAUCUCACCACUCACGCUGCCAGUGGUGAAGCUGGAUGGCCACUCCAAGCGUGUGGGCAUCCUUAGCUGGCACCCCACUGCCCACAAUGUCCUCAUGAGUGCAGGCUGCGACAACGUGGUGAUUCUGUGGAAUGUCGCUCGCGGCGAGGAGGUCAUCAGGAUUGAUGAUGUUCACUCUGACCUGAUCUACAGUGCCUGCUGGAACCGGGACGGCUCCAAGAUCCUGACCUCCUGCAAGGACAAGAUGAUGCGGGUGAUAGACCCUCGCAAGGGCACCGUCCUCUCCGAGAAGGAGAAACCACAUGAGGGCUCCAGGCCGGUCCGGGCUGUGUGGGUUUCUGACAGGAGGAUCCUUACCACCGGAUUUAGUCGCAGGAGCGAGAGGCAGGUGGCGCUAUGGGACCCGGAGGACUUUGGCUCACCACUGACCCUGGAGGAACUGGACACCAGCAGCGGCGUCCUUCUACCAUUCUUCGACCCGGACACAAGUAUGGUCUACUUGUGCGGCAAGGGCGACAGCAGCAUCCGGUACUUCGAGGUGACGGAGGAGGCACCCUACGUGCACUACCUGUCCAUGUACAGCAGCAAGGAGAGCCAGAAGGGCAUGGGCUACAUGCCCAAGAGGGGCCUGGAGGUGAACAAGUGCGAGAUAGCCAGGUUCUACAAACUCCAUGAGAGGAAGUGUGAGCCCAUCAUCAUGACGGUGCCCAGGAAGUCCGACCUGUUCCAGGAAGACCUAUACCCCGACACUGUAGGUCCAGAACCAUCGGCUGAAGCUGAUGAUUGGUUUGGAGGCAAAGAUGCUCCCCCCAUCCUCAUCUCACUCAAAGAUGGCUUCGUCGCUACCACCAAGGCCAAAGAGUUCAAAGUUCAUAAGAGCCUCCUCAAGACCACUGUGGCCCCCACCGGCAUCACUAACGUAGAUGGGGGAGGGGAUGUGUCGGCUCUGAGGCGGGAGUUGAAGGCUUUGAAAGCGUCACUGGAGGAGCUUAGCAUUCGUGUGAGCUCACUAGAGAGCAAACAUUAAGCCACCAGGACAUUUUACAGAACAAAUAAAAAAUAACGUGAAACAAACCUCAGUAAAUAAAAGAGAAACAAUGAAGAAACAAAGAGAUAACUCACCCCCGGCUCAAGUUGUCAGUUCAAGUAUUUUUUUUUUUAAAUAUAUGGUACUAUGAAAUAAAAUCAAGAUUUUCCAAA